AUGGACCCUGCCACCCACCACCACGAUCCCGCUCAGCAGCAACAGCAGCAGCUUGCAGGUACCCCCUCUUCAACUCGCAAACGCUCACGCGAAAAUGAAACCCCUAGUCAGCGGCACAAGCGCGAGAAAGCCGCAGAGCGGCAGCGGCGCAAGCGCGAACGCGACCGCCAGGCCGGCCUGAACAACAUUCUUGCUCUCUCCCAGCAAGUCCAGCAGCAGCCACCACCCCCGCCACAGACGAUCUCUGCACCUGAGCCACCACCCCCAUUGCCUCAAAGUAUCUCCGAGGUCUAUGCCGGCCCCAGCAAAGGUCCGGACGAAUCGGGCCUCUCCGCAGAGGAGGCUACCAAGCGCGAGCGCGUGCGUGCUGCCGCUCGCGAACGGCAGCGCAAGCACCGUGCACUCGUCAAGGCACGCAAAAUGCGCGAGCUCGGUAUGGACAUGGGCAACGAGCUCAUGCCAGGCAUGGACGACGUGCAGUACCGCAUGACUGCCGACGGCCAGUACCAGCCUGUUCUCCCGCACGAUCUCCCCCCGCAGCACCCGCAUUCACACCCUCAGCCCCACCCACACCCGCACGCACACCCACAAGCGAUGCACGAACCUCCCUUCCCGCAGACCGCGCUCAUCGGUGGCCAGACGUUUGCCUCCACGCUCCUCCUAUCCUUCUCCUGCGCGCCCCUUCUUAAACAACACCUCCUCCGCACGCUCAACAUGACGAACGAGGAGCUAGCGUCGCUCGAGCCAAUCAUCGCGCAGGCCUGGGACCACUGGGACCAGCAGCGCCGCAUCCACUACGCCCAGCAGGCCGCGAGCGGGCAGCACAAGGCGCCCGACGGCAGCGCCGUCCCUGAUCCUGCGUCCGCGCCGCCAGGAUACCCGACGCCCAUGGCGUAUGUCGCGGACCCCUCGCAACCACAGGGCCAGGCACCGCCGAGCGACUUCCGAGCGCGGUUUCAACGCUCGCUCGUUGCGCCGUCGCCGUUCCGCAAUGCGAUGGUUGGUGGGGAUGCGCAGGCCUCGGUGUCGGCGGGUUCGGUGUCGUCCGCGCCCGGCCCCUCGAGUGAAGCUAUGAAUGCGCAGAUGUCAACGGCGUCACCGCCUGCGGGGGAGGUGCGAGGGCCGCUACUCAACGCGGUGGCAGGACUUGAUCCACAAUUAGGUCAGGCGCGGGACGAGGCAGCCGGGGUUGCUGGUAAGCUGGAGCGGUCAUGA